GAAAGGAAGGCGCGGGGAAUCGGUGGCUGGAAAGAGGCAACGGAAAAAACCCUGGCAUUUCCUUUUCGGGAGGGGGCAGUUCGCAAGGGACUCUCUUUCUUUCUUUCUCCCUCCCCACCUUGACAGAGAGCCCCGCCCCCGCUUGCCUCCCUUUCUCCUUUAGAAAUCCAGGUACUAGUAGCUAGCUACCAGGUGCAGGCAGGUUAUCUCCCCAGCAACAGGAUUUUAACAGACAGGACGAGAGAGGCAGUUGACCUGCUGUUGUCGGAAUGGCCUUCCCCGACUCUGGUCUGAAGGGACGGAGGCGUUUCCCUCGCGUGGGCGUGGAGAACCGAAGCCGAGUCUGGAGGGACAGGAGGAAAGAAAAUGUGCCUCCUCGUUUCAGCAGCCAUCUGAUGUCGGAACCAAGAAACGUUCAGAAGAACGUCAACAUUAACCUGUACCUGGACCCUGGAAGCCACGCUGACGCUUCUCGUUCUGCUGGUGCUGCCUUCUCAGUGUCGAACCAAAGUGAAGCAGUUGCCCAGGCAAGGCCACGGGAAGGGAACGGAGUCACCAGGCCACAAAAUCUGGUUCAGACCAACCUCUCCUGUGCUUACUGGCCUAUCCACAACACCGCCUCUGGCUUCUCCAACUCUUCCUCACGGCAGCAAAGCAACCUCGAGUCGAGGCUGCAGAGGUGUGGAUCGGAAAGCGUGGUCCGUGUCGGUCACCCUCGCCCUCGGACCGCCACGGAUCGUGGUCCGAGCCGCUCCUGCCCAGACAAAGUUGGCUUGAAAACAAACCCCCCAAAUGACUUCUCAGACAGAAGUCGGUGUUGGAGCAGGAAACCCACCGAAGGAUUUGAACCCUGUUCUCGUUGUGAUGUCCCCGAAAGGAGAAUGGAAAUAAAAGACCAAUGUGCGUUGAAACCACCUCUGGGUUGUGUCUCUGUAUCCAAAAGGAGCUGUGGAAAUCUCCGGGCCCAUGGUGAUUCCUCUCCUCUGACCCAAUUGUCCGUGAUCGCCUCUGAGGGAUCCCUUUCCCCUGAUGCUUCUCCCAGCAAAAGAGCCAACCUCUCGGCUUCUGGGCCUGCCCUCACCUUGGAGCAGCUGAACUCCUCCACUUUGAUCGAGAUCGAUCCCUCCUCUGCAGUGCUCCAGGCCCUCUUACGGUCGUCGCGGACGUCUGCCAAACUGCACGGGUCCAUCCAACGGCUGAAGGAAGAAGCGGCCACCAUGGGGGCUUUGGGCUCCUCCCCCUGGGAGACCAAGUCUCCUCCGUUUUCGUGCCGGCCACGCCUGGAUCCUCGGGUCUCGACCUCGGCCGUGCUGGGCCUCAUAGAAGAGAGCUCUGCCAAGCAGGCCAGUGCGAAAUGGCGGACCCCCUUUGCGAAGGGUUGGGGUCUCGGUCCCGCAGCGGGCGCUUUGCGAGACGCCGAACCCCUCCCUUUUGGCUACAGAGCCAAGAACGCCCAGUUUUAUGAACGCCCAACAGAAACCUUGGGCCAGUGCUGGCCAACCCCUUUCUACGGUGGUGCCGGUUCAACCACGCUGGCGUUUCGGGCAGAAGAAAGUUAUCCUAUUCCCAACCCCCCCGGUUGCUACCUCGGUUGUUGCUCAGGGGUGCAGAAGGUUCCGGAAGGGAAGGGGACGCGUGACCCUCUAAACAGCCUCUACCACCCAAGGGCCCUUGAUCCGGAAGAACUUUCAUCCAGGCCGUUCCGUCGCUCUGAGUUGGCUCACGAGAACCUUCCUCCUUUUGAUGGGCUGGAGCUGUCCUUGGAGACGUUGUGUGCUGGGACUCCGGUGAACAUGGGGGUGGCUGUGUACGGCCCCCAAAGGGAAGUGCUCUUGACCAUGGGUUCCCCCAGAGAUUCACGGUUCAUUCUGGCCCAUCGCUUUGGUGUUGUAUCUGAAGACCCCGAAGUCCGCGGACCUCAGGGUGAACCAGGUGGAGCUUAUGGGGGUCCAGUAACCACAUAUUCUGCGGACGAUUCUGCCCCAUUUCCCCCUCAUAAAUCUUGUCCUUUUGGGGUGGUGGGCAGAAAAGGUCUUAGGGAAUAUUCACGGGCGGCCGCUGGCACAACAGAUGGUAUAGACCCCACCGGAGUUGGGGAAAGUUCUUCCAGUUCCCAGAAUUCUCUCUGCGUGGACAUCUGGCCCGGCGCGAAGGCAGACCAAAGCAAGGCGUCCUUUACGGAAAAGACUGCUAAACUGCCCCACCUCGAAGAGAGACGCCGUGUGAUGGGUGGCGGGCCAGAGGAGGAGCUGGAACCAGAGGACAGGUCGACAGACGGGAACGGGAAAAGGCCUUUGCUGCUGCUGGGGAAAUGUUUCCGGGUCUGGCACCGCCACGUUUCCGAGAAGGCGGCUGCCGCUCGGGCGCUGUACAGGCGACAGCUGCUGCGGAAAGGGCUCAGCGCCCUGAAGUGGGCGGUGCAACUCGGGGACGACCGAUUGGGCGUUGGCCAGCGGGGACACGCCCGGGCGGUGCUGGCUGCCAGUUUCCGCCGAUGGCGGGAUGCGGCCGCAAAGCAACAGAGAGAGGCCACGUCACAGAGGGAAGCAGAGGCCCAGACCACGGAUUCCCCAGCUCUUCUGGAAAGAGAGAGGAUCACAAAACGUCCUUUCUUCUGCCAGCUCUCUGCAGAGCACCUGAAAGAGGCUGCCCAGUACAGCAGGGCCGAAGGGAACCUGUGGAUACAGCACCAUCUCACCCAGGGGGAAGACCAGCUGGGCCAAAAGAUCCAGGCCGUUCGGGAUGUGAGGCGGCUGGCUGCAGCUUUCAGACUGUGGCGCCUUCAGAAGGAGCGUCUGGACAAAGAGGAAGCCAGCGUCCGGGAAGUCCGUGCCAUCCUGGAGAAAAGGAGAUUGCGGGGCCUUUUUGAGCGGUGGCGUUCCCGCAGCUGUGCCAACCGGCGGAUCUUGCCGCUGGUGGCUCAGAUGCAGCGGCGGCUGGUUGGCCGAUGCUUCAGUGCCUGGAAGGGUUUUGCCGGACGGGAGGCACGGGGCCGGCGUGGCUUGGAAAUCCAGCGGCUCAGAUCCUUGAGGCUGCCCUUCCUGCAGUGGGCCCUGAUGGCGGCGUUCCGGGAGAGGGCCAGGAGGACGGUGUCGGAGCUGUUUACCCGGAGGCAGAGGACAUUCUGCGCCCGCUUCGACUUAGCUGCAGAUGCUCCGGUGACUCAGCCGUGCCCAAUAGUAGCGAGGUGGUCCCAGAGGAACGGAGCCGACGCUCUGGAAGGACUCUACCACGCACUAAGGUUGCAAGCGGCAUUUUGGACUUGGCGGGCGAGAUGGCGGGACCAUGAACAGGCGAACGCCUUCCGUCACGCGGUGGCACAACGGCAGCAGAGGGAGGCCCUGGAGUGCUGGCGCCAGAAGGCUCUCCGUGCGAAUUCUCUCGGGCCCUGCUCCAAGGACCUAGCCGAGGAACCUGUCCUGCCGUUGCUGGUUUCCGAGGAGUCCUCUCUGUCCUCUGGCUUCCAUAGCCAAGCGCCGACCCUGCCGGUCUCUGGAAGCUUCCUGGGCAAGGAGAAAAACAGCCUCAGUGGCAGUAGCUGGUCCAGCAUCUCCUCUCUGGAGGACUCUGGGAUCCUCCCCCAGCACGAUCGACCGUCUCCGUGGUGUGACCCUGACCCAGACGUUUGUAUCGAUACGACCGUAGCGUUCUGCGAUCCAGCCCGUCCUCGGGGAAUCUGCUGCGCUGGGGAGGAUCACGUUGUAAGAGAUCACUUCCAGCCUUUGGGGUCCUUUAGCCCGGACUGUGGGGCCCCAUCCUUUGCUGUUUCCUCAGCGUGGGAAGGAGCACGGUCUGGAGGGAAUCGAGCGGAGAAUCAGAGGCAGCUGCUGGAGAGAUGCUUUGCAAUUUGGGCGGCUCAUACCCGGCAGACCCUGAAGGCUGAGCUGCAUCACAGGCGGGCCCUCCAGUCCUGGGCUCUCAUCUCCUGGUCCGUGGCCACGGCCCACGCUUCCAUACGGCACAAGGCUCUAGUCCACUUUGAGGCCAUCCGGCUGUGGCGUCUCCUGGCUUCCUGCUUCGAGAAGUGGAAGGCAGAGUUCCUAAGAGCCGAGUGGCAGCGAAAAGAAGACCACCUUUGCCACAAACCCGUUAGGCGUGGCGCCCUGCAACGCUGGAGGAAGAUGGCCAGGAGUUACAGGGCCCUGCGCCUGAACUCGGUGAAGGAGGCCUGCAGCUACUGGACACAAGCAUCCGCCUUUCGCCAGUGCCGCCGCCAGUGGAGCAGCCUCGUCGGAGCCCGGAAGUUUGCAAAACUGCCGCUCGCUUGGGCGAACAAGCCAAGCAGAGAGAAACAGCGACACUCCAGAGUAGCCGUCGGUUCCAGGCUGACCCAGAGCUCCUUCUGCACGUGGCAGAUGAUCUACCGGUGCCAAAGCACGAUGCUGGGGUCCCCUCCAUGGCCGUCUCCGGGGAGUCUGGACGCUGCCGUUCGGAAAGGCGAGGAGGACCGGAUCCUAGGGAGCGAUACCGAAGUCGCUCCAGCCGUGGGUGACAGGCGGCGUCAUCUUGGGAGGAAAUAUCUCGGGCUGUGGAGGCACAACGUUCUUCUUCGCCGUUUCCGGAAUGCCUGCCGGAUACGCCUCUUGGCGAGGGCGUGGCUGUCCUGGAAAGAUGCCUGCCGGACAGAGCUGGUGGUGAAAACUCUGGUGAGGCAGAGGCUGGUGGAGUGGAGUUGGAAGACGUGGAGGCAACGCUGCCUGCGGAGUUGGGUGGCUGAGCGUUUCUUGGAGGCCCAGUACAGGCGCCUGCUUGUAGAGGCCUUCAGACAGUGGCGGCAGCUGGCUGCAUCUUGCGCAGAGGGCAGCGCGGACUUCUAGCAGAAUGGGACUCUCAUUGCUUCGAGGCCCUUUCAUGCUUUUCAGGGACACGCACACACAAGUCCGAUGCAAUAGAAAACCGGCCACGUCAAGGCCCACCUUGGCCUGCCCCCUACAGAAACCGGAGUCCCUCCAACCCGGUGGCCACGAGACGCCUGCAGGGUGUGCAUUUUGGACUUGGGGCAGGCUGGGGAUCGGGCAAUGGAUCCAGCCACAAAGGCUCUCUCGGAGCCACUUGGCUUUUUAGAAUUGCUCAUUAAACAGCCGCAAACCUCCGCCGGAAAGAAAAGAUGGCGUGGCGUCGACUCAUUCCCCGCCCCAGCAGCGCAAGACCAGGAAAACCGCCUAGCUCCUAACAGUUGCACACACCAGCUAGCCGCGGGGACGGCUUCCUUCCUCCUCUAUUUAGCCCACCCCGCCUGACUGGAGCACACACGGCUGUAUUUUUAGAGCUGCCUCGCAGCUGGAAAUCCUCACCGCCUCCACUCCGCACGUGGGCCCAUCCAUCAGGGCUUCAUUAGAUGCUUAGCUAAGCGGGCAACCUCUCCCCCUCCACAUGUCCCCCUGCUGAUUAGGCAGAUGAUGAAGAAGCCUGCUGGGAACAGCUGAGUUCCCGGUCAAAGGCUCCCCCCACCGGAUUUCUAGUCCCUCUGUCCUUAUUAGCGUCCCUGCAAUCAAGGGGAGGUUAAUCCCAAAGUUGCCUCGCAAUCUUGAGCCCGCCUGGAAUGUGGGGGCUGUGGAUAUUAUUUAUUUGAUUUAUAUACCACCCUUCCAGAAAUGGCUCAGGGCAGUGUAUAAUGCUAGGAUUCUACCCCAAGCAGGGGGGGAAAUUCACCGGGCGAAUUUCACCGGGGGGGGGGGGAAUUCACUGGGCGGAUUUCACCCAGAAUGUCGUAUCGUGCAGAGUUUUCAGCUGGAGAUUUCAGCCUAUACUGGGGUGCGGCGGGGAAGCACAAGUUUCUAGUCCUUAUGGGUAGGUAGUACCGGGUGAAACUGGGCAGGAUAAAGAGAGGGCUGGGGUUUCCAGGUCUGGGGAGAAGCAUAGAAUGGCACUUUAGUAAAGGCUGUGGGUGCUCAGGAGCUAGAUAUUGCCUGUAUUCACUCAAAUAGAAGAGGACUCCAAAUUAAACAUAGCCCCCUUUAAAAAAAAAAAAGAUUUAGGCAAAUAAAGUGAAAUGUAUGCAAGCAAAUCCAAAAUGCCAAAAAGAAAAAAUCCAAACAGAACCU